UUGCGUAUUCGCGCUCUUGCACACACGUUCGAAUAAACACUCACACGACGGGGAGCAGCACACAUCACUAAAUAUAUAACAUUGGACGUGUCGCGCGGAUUUAUCGAAUCUCCGGCUCGGUCCUUCGCUCGCGCGCAUAUGCUUCUCUGUUCUCCUCUAUACACACGCGUCAUACGUUCUCGCCAAUGUGGUAUAGACGCGUGCACACACGUCCGUAUACGAGCACAGAGAAAAACAGGCUCGGAGUACGAAAACAGAGAAAACUCGCUGGUGUGCCGGCUCGUCGAGUUCGCUCUGGUGCUGCGCUGGCCCAGAGGCAAAAGCCCGCCGUCGAUCGUACCGCGAGCCGUCCCGCUCCGCGAUUUCAAACGCUUCGGCUUUUUUCUCCGUGCGUUUUUUUCCAUUUUCUUACGCUCUUCCUUCUCCCUCGGCCGCCUCCCCCCGCCCCGCCCCUUCUUUACGUACGUUUGAUUAUUCUCCUGUCUCUUCAUUCACUCGACUCGAAUCUCUUUGCACGCCGCAACGUCGAAGACGCACGCGCGAGCGAGCCCGCUAAUCUCUCAACCUGUUUUUCUCCCACUGUCCAAUUCAGCGGCCAACGAAUUUUCGAGUAUUUUUUUCCCAUUGUGGAACAUCGUGGCCGAAUCGGAAAGUGACGUUGAGUUUCGACUCUACAGAAUUAUUGGAAUAACAGGAUUAAAGUGCGAGUUGUGUGUCCCCGUUCGAGAACCUCGAAAAGCUCCUGGAUAGCGCUCGUGGCAUGGCCAGUAACACGCGAUUGCGUUAAACUCGAUCGUGCGACUUUGAUCAAUCGUUGGAAAACAAACAUCACAGCGGAUUAUUAUUUGUGACGAAUUUAAUGAGUUUUUAUGACCUGCCGCCGAUUGGUUUGCACACGUGUCAGGCGCUCGAGCCGCCGACUCGUCGUCGAGUGCUCUCCGGCUCGGUUAAGCGAACGGGAAAAAUCCAGAGUGCAAUAAUAUAUUUAAACGUCGAUGUAACAAAACGACAGUUUUGUACGAACCGUAAGAAGAGGAAGAGAGAGAGAGAGAGAGGAGGAUAAACGCUGGAGCGUUAGUGGGCGAUAGUGCGUGUGUAUAUUUGUGCGCGGUACAGUUUGCAAGGUCGUGGUUCAACGAUGACUGACGAGUGGAACUCUGGAUGGGCAGCUGGCAACUCUGGUGGGAGAAAAUUUCUUCGUAUCACUUUGUGUUCAGCUCGAUCGGAUUUGUGAUGUGACGGAUUUACGAGUGUUUUUAUACGGUCAUCGCUGUACGAGCCCCGAUGCAUGGAUACGUGAGUGUGCGUUACGUGCGUGUGCAUGUGUGCGCGAGCGCGUGUGACAAAUUGAUUGAGACUUUGUUAAGCACGCGAUGAACGAUCACCGAAACUAGAAUCGGCCUCGACACGCGUGUCUCACUCCGAAAUUUUUGGCAAAACAAAGUAAAUGAAAAAAACACAGAGACACACACACACACAGACACACACAUACGCACAAAACUAAACAACGAGAUAUAACAAACGUGCGAGCACUCGGAAGGUAGUGAUCGGUUAACACGCGUCACAGUGCUCUAUAUAGGACAAAACCACGCCGCAUCGUUCAACAGGUGCAUGCGGUAUACGGCGCGCGUCACUCGCUCCCGGAGACGUCAGUGGUGCAUUGUUCCUCGGCCACUGAGACAGACGCUGGCAUGGCACGUUGAUAUUUACGGACACAUCGGUGAGAGCCCCUUCGACAGCGGUUCCUGGGGAAAAGAACAUUUUCAGCCAACGACGGUACCCUGGCAGCUUAAUCCGCGCGGCCACGCUCGACCCAGUGACGAUGGCAUAAUGGAUCAUGACACGGACGGUGACGGCGCGAUCAACUUGUCAACGUCUCAACGACCAUCCGCCUCGACCACCCCGAACGGUGAUGUGACCACCCCCUACAGCCAAGACCAGCAGGACAACGAUCAGGCGAGCACACUGUUCGCAGCCCUGAAGCAGCAACAGGCUAGAGAAUCAACGUGGGAACGAGAUAAUCGUGAGAGGGACAGGCAGCAGGACAGACAUUGCAGGGACAGAAUAACGAGUGGCGGAAUUUCGGAGAACGAUCAACUGCUGCAACACCAACAACAACAUCUGCAACAGCAACAGCAGCAACAACAAGAUCUCACGAUCGAGUAUCGAAGCAAUGGGAAGAUCAGUCCCGUUGGCCAAGCAGUGACAUCAGCACCCAUGACCCAGCAAAAGCAACCGACAAUCUCGCAACAAUCGCAACAACCGAGCUCGGGUGUUGGUGGUUUACCGGGUUUACAAACGAGCCCUCGUCAUAGUCCACAAGCCCCACAACGGGGCUCACCUCCUAAUCCUACUCAGGGUCAACUGACGGGUGGACCACCAGGGGGUCCCCCGUCUCAGACACCUUCGCAGAUGAUGCUCAGCCCUGCAAGCGGCCUGCAUCAAAUGCAACAACUUCUCCAACAGCACAUACUCAGCCCCACCCAACUGCAGACCUUCAUGCAGCAGCAGACGCUUUAUCUCCAGCAGCAACAUCACCAGGAAUCGGCAUCCGAUCAUGGCGCGAACCACGAACGUUUCGGAUACUUUUCAUCCUUAAACAACCAUCAUCAGCUCGCCGAACUUGGUCGAAAACAACUCGAGCAAAAAAUGCAACAGUUGCAGGAACAACUCCAAGUCAAUGUCAUCCAGCAAACGCACCUCCUGCAAAUGGCUGACAAGAAAAAGACCUCGGCGCCGUUGCAACAACUCGCGGUACAGCAACAACAACUUAUACAGCAACUCCAAAUCGCCCAGAGGCAAUACCUUCUCCAGCAGAGUCUUGGACUCCAGGGACACAACCAUUCGUCAGGUAUGCAGCCGAACGACGGUCUGCCAUCCUGGAAAUCGGAGUCCUCGGAAGGAGCCGACAACCUCCAGAGCUCGAAUCUGCCAAAAUCGGCGUCGAGUCUCAACGGUCUCUUGAACUCGAUAGUCUCGAGUCGUCGGAGCGAUAUCAACGGCACGACGACCCUCGACGAAAAGCCGCUCGACGUUUCGUGCAACGACAAAGCGCAUCCGCUCUACGGUCACGGCGUCUGUAAAUGGCCAUCGUGCGAAGUCAUCUGCGAAGAUUACCAAGCAUUCCUCAAACACCUCAAUACCGAACACACGUUGGACGACAGAUCGACGGCCCAGGCGAGGGUUCAGAUGCAAGUUGUCUCCCAACUCGAGCUGCAGUUGCAGAAGGAACGCGAUCGGCUGGGCGCGAUGAUGCAUCACCUUCACGUGGCCAAGCAAAUGGCUUCACCCGAGCCGCCCAAGUCGUCCGAGUCCUCGACGGGUUCGAGUUUACCGAAGCUUAGUUUGUCGUCGGGCCUGAUGAGCCAGCAGCCGCCGAAUUUCGGAGUGUCACAAGUUUCAUCGGUAUCAAUGUCAGCCCUCGUUUCGGCGGUUAGAUCACCAGGCGGUGGCCAAUUGCCACCAUCAGCGGGGGUCGCCCCGAUGCCACCGAUCCCAAAUAUUUCGAAUAUACCGGGUAUGCCAUUGAUGCCAAACAUGCCUGGAAGUAUGUCCAGUAUGGCUGGACCCAUACGAAGGAGAAUAAGCGACAAGUCGACUCAUUCUUUGGCAGGAGGGCUGCCCUACAUGCUGGAGCGCGCUGGCCUUGAUGUCCAACAAGAAAUUCAGCGGAAUCGUGAAUUCUACAAGAACGCCGAUAUCCGACCGCCGUUCACGUACGCCUCCUUAAUACGUCAGUCAAUCAUCGAAUCGCCGGACAAGCAGCUGACACUCAACGAAAUUUACAACUGGUUCCAAAACACCUUCUGCUACUUCCGACGGAACGCUGCCACGUGGAAGAACGCGAUCCGCACCAAUCUAUCAUUGCACAAGUGUUUUGUGCGCUUUGAGGACGACUUUGGGUCAUUCUGGAUGGUGGACGACGCCGAGUUCAUAAAGCGGCGGCAUCUUUCCCGCGGCCGUCCCAGGAAAUUUGACCCAACCCCAUCACCCACUCCACCCCACCUCUCCGCACAGGGUGUGCCAUCGAAGAGUCCCACGCUGACACACAGUCCGACGAUGUACGGUGAUGCUCUCAAUGCCAAUCUCCAGUAUUUCCAGGCUGCGCUUGGUGAGUCGAACAUGGGAUUUCUUAAUAAUUCGAUGUGCACCUCGACCGCCACGAGUCCCGACAAGGAGCACGGUCUACCUCACAACGACUUGAUGUCUCACCUGGAUGAACCUGGUGUCCACAUAAAACAAGAAGGUCAAAGUCCUGAGGGCGGUAAAUUAUCGAGAUUAAUAAAGCGUGAGAUGGUAGAUGCGCCGAUGGAUCACGAGCACGAGGACGAGGCAGUUGACGACAGAGAGUAUCCGGACAGCCACGGUCAGGAUUCGGGCCAAGACGAGGAUAUGGCCGAGGAUUUGUCGAUGGCGCCGGACAUAAUGAGUGCGGAUGAUCAGAUCGAGGCGUAGUAAGACAACGAAGUUGGUCUCGUUGGGUUAUUCAAAAACGAGGAUUAAAAUGAAGAGCGAAGAAAAAACGAAGAGAAACGAAUCGAAGAAAUGGGGAAAUCCGUUUUGACAGUGCAAUGAACGAGAUGAGGAGGAGCGUCACGAAGAAAGAAAAGAGAAGGAACAAGUGGUACGAGGCGUAAGAAAACGAAGAUAAAAAAUCAUCUCACUCACCAUAUCCAAACCGCAACUUUGUGAGCGGUUGCAAAGACUUUGAAAAGCUUAUAUAACAAUUAGAAAUGAAAAAAAACCUUAUGUUUAAGGAAGCGAGAGAGAGAGAUGAGCGCGAAAAUUUAAGCGUCGGAGUGCCAGAGUUUAAGUAUGUCAAAAAGUGAGAAAGAAUGUGAGAUUUGAGAAUAAGAGUUCGAGGCAAAUAAUUCGUGAAAAAGAAUUAGUUGAAUAAACGUUAAGAAAUAAAAGUAGAAACGCCAACGGAAACGCUAAUCGGUCACGUCAAUAUCGUAGGUUGACUUGUGACCGCUUAGCAAAUCCAUCGAUCCAUAUCUUUAUCCCAAGUAAUUCAAUGAAAAUACGAAAAUAACAAAAAAAAAAGAAAAAAAGGAUUCAAUGAGAGGAACGUUAUGCGACAGGACGGGGAGAAAAUAAAUGAUUUAAUGAUAACAACGAUUUUUUAUUGUUUUCCCGUUUUUGCGGCAAUUUCAAUUUUUCCUUGUAUAUUUCGUACGAUUUUAUGUAUACAAUAAUAUAUAUAGACAUUAACGGACUAUCGAUAAUUAUACAUAUGUGUUAUAUAAAUAAUUUAUAUUAUUAUUAUUAUUAUUAUUAUAUAUAUAUAAAUAUAUAUAGCCCUACGAGAUUGUAAUCCCUCUCGUUGUAUUACCAAAUACUUUCAGACCCUGCAAAAUUUGACUCACCCCGAAUGUUCAAUCCCUCUCUAUAUACAUAUUAAAAGGAACGAAAAAGUAUUUUUUUUUUUUUUUUCAUUGCAUUUCCGAGCAAGUAAAUUUUUACUUUGGCCGAGCAUCGAGAAUUUCAGUUGAUCUGGCGAAAUAAAUUGACUCGGAGAAUUUAUGGUUUUUGAUGCGCCGUCGAAAUAUCUCGUAAAACGAAAAAUUUGUAGGAAUUAGAAUAUAAUUGAAUGGGAGAAUGAAAAGUGAGCUGAAGAUAUGAGAAUGGGAAUAAAAAUUUAUCGAUUAUCACUGGGGAUAUGCCCAGUGAAGCGUUAGACAAUUUUAAAUGUUUCAUAAAAAUUUUGAAAAUUUUUGUUUUUUUCGUAACGAUGCUCCGAGCCCUUGUCAACCCCCGUAUUAUGAUAUACGAAAGAGUAAGAAACGAAGAAGCACGCUGUAGAUAAUAAUGAUAAUAACGAAGAGAGCGUAAAUCGUAGUCAGAAAUGAUUCCGUUCGAGUUUUCAGUCUGGCGUAUUUGUCUUUUUAGAAAUUGUAAACGGAAGUAAUGGGAGAUGAAAUGUCGGCUGGAAAUUUAACGAAGCAGGUGAAUCUUGUGGACGAGAAGAAGGGAAGAAAUAGAAAUGAGAGAAAAAGAAAGAGGAGAGGAGAAAGGAGGAAAAUAGUGAUGAUACUCGAUCGGUCAAGUCGAUAAUAAAAUUGCCCGAUUGGGCCGAAUGAAUUUAGUAGAAUAUACAUUAUUAGUAAUAUGAAUUUACGAUUGUUCGUUUAACGGGCCACGUGAACGUCGAAGGGAGAGAAAGAAAAAGAGAAAAAAGAAAAUAAGUGAAAAGAGAACAAGUGAGAAAACAGGUGACAGUUACCGAGUGUGAAUGGGAAAACGAAUUAUCGACAGAAAAUGGUUGAACGAGGCUGAAUGUGUUUGUACGUAUAUUGAAAUUUUUCAGUGCGAUGAAAAUAAAGAAAUUCGAUGCUCGCGGCAAUGGAGACAAAAACUGUGGUCAAUCUGGCAAAUUCGAGUUAUUAUAACGACAUAUUUUUUUAAAUCAUCCGAUCAAUCGAUCAAGAAUAGUUAAUUAUAUUAAUUGAUCACUGUUUUUCUUUGUACCAAAUAAAAUCAUUUAGCAUUUUUUUCCCUUCAGAAUAUUUUUUCUCUGUUGAUUCGUAAUUGUAUGGACCGAUUCAAUUUUUUCGAGUAUUUUAAUGUUUGUUAAAAAUUCGUCAUAUCCUGAGACAAAAAAUAUUUUUUUUUGAAUUCCUGACCAUUUUAAUCGUCAAAUCUAGAAAUUUUGAUAAAAUUAUCCAAUUUUCAAAAAGAAGUGACUGAUUUCUCGUGAAGUAUUGCUUUACUCAUUUUUCGAAACGUCCCAAAAUCGAGCCAAAACUGCGAAUACGAAAUCUUCGGAUUAGCGUCUGUAUAGCAUUUAGCGUUUGUCCCAAAGCAGUAGUUUCGUAUGCAUUCUUACUCGAAUCGAAAAAUAUUGAAGACGAGAAGAAAAUGAGGGAAAAACACAGGAAGUAAAAUUUGUAAAUUGUGCGUGAGCGGUGUAAAAAACGAAGUUGUGAGAGAGAGAGAGAAAGUGAGAGAAAACAUUGAAGCGCUUGAUGUCGUUAGAUCGGUUAAGAUCGCGGAAAACCCCUAAAAAAUAACAAAAAUCCAGUGUCGUGAAAUUAGAACGAAAAAAACAAUGGAAAAAAUCGUCGUGUACAAAACUGCUUGAGAAAUUCGAAAAUUUUUAUCGACUAAACUUUCGAGUGACUAACCACUAAUUACAUUAUUUCCGAUCCAGCAACUAUUUCACGUCACUGGAAAAAGAACUGAAUUUCAUUGAGAUAACACAAUCGAACGCAUUUCAUUGAAUGCGGACACUGACCGAUCCGAGAUCACACGUCGAAACAAAGAAAACCAUUACACAUUGCUAUAAAUAAACGGAAAAUUUCAACUUACAAAAUAAGCUGAUGCUAUCAACUCAACUAAAUAAAUUACUGUGUAUGCAUAUAUAUAUAUAUUAUACAUAUAUAUACAUAUAUAUACGUAUAUCGGGAUAUAACGAUUAGAUGGCAGUUCCGUCGUCCAUUAUUCGGGGCCCUUUAUCCCUCGUUCAAUAAAUUUCCAAACAAAAGUAUCCAGAACGAAAAACAGUUUAAUUUACAAAUUUCAUUUUGUCGAGUCGACAAGUUUUUCCAAACUUUUUUCCCGAAAACUUUUUGAGAGAAGUCUACGAAGAAAAAAAAAUUCGCAGUGAAUAUAUUUGAAGUUAAUUAGCUUUAUUCCGGAAAUUAGAGAAUGAAAUAGUUGGAGGAAUUAGUUAAUUUUUUAAAUAAAUUUGAUAAUACGAUAAAAGGAAUCUAAUCGCUAUGAAAAAUAAGUUUGAGUCGUCACAUUUUUGUCAGAUGUUUCGUCAACGAAGGAUAAACUGAAAAAUUCUUUUGAAUAAAACGCGAUAUAUAUAUAUAUAUGUGUGUGUAUAUCUCGUGACGAGGCAAAGUCGCCGCGCAUUUAUACGUCCCACACAAAGGGCCCGCACUCGUCCCAGAGCCAGGAUCCAAAUUAAAAUAAAACUUAUCGUUAAAUAAUAAAAGAAAAUGGAAGGAUUGAAAUGCUGAAGAGAGUUUUCAGAACUGAUUGAAUAUCAACGUCGGGAAUACGAUUAUUCGACGAUGAAAUAUUUAACCGAGAUGACGAAUUGUCAAAAAAAAAAAAUAAAACAUUUUCAAUGGCACGGAAUUUUCGUCGAUUUUUUUCAAUUUUUCAUCUUUGUUUUCACGAAGAGAGAAAAAAUAAUAAUUUCGAUGCAAGCCUGCUGAAUAAAAUCUGUUGUUGAUGUAAUUAUUUGCGCUUCGUUUGAUCGAGAAAUUCGAGAGAAAAAAUGAGUCUCACUUCGAUUGAAAAGCCCCUGAACAAAAUGCUGUUUUUGAAUUUUGAGUUUUCGUCACUCCCCGUGCCAUUCGAUUCGCGUUUCCCACUGUAACGUACUAUCGCUAUCUCUUAAGUCUAUGUAUUGUGUAUAAUGAACUAAGGACUUGAUAUAACUUAUGAUAGAAAACUCUCCUGUACAUAGUUGAAGUAAAGAGAAAAAACGAAGCGAAGAGAAGUGAGAAGGAAUGAUGGAAAAAAGGAGGAAGUGGCAUUAGGAAUUUAUCGAAUACACGAACAUUUGUGAACGAGA